AUGGCUUUGGUCCGUGAAGCCGACAUUGAACUCAAUCGGGACAACGUGAAAAUGGCUAGCGUUUCUACCUCUGCCCGCCCUGAUAUGGGUCAGUGGAGGAAGAACCUCUCGGCCCAUGUCAUCUGUCCCGAGUGCAGGGAGGUCCCGCCCAACCUCGAGUUUCCUGACUCACAUGAGACAGUCUGCGGCUCUUGUGGUCUGGUACUUGCUGACCGAGAGAUCGACAUGCACUCUGAAUGGCGUACGUUCUCCAACGAUGACCAGAAUAACGACGACCCGUCGCGUGUCGGAGACGCCACGAAUCCUCUGUUGAACGGCGACCAGCUUGAGACUCAGAUCGCCAGCGGAGGCUCUGGUCGCGCGCGAGAACUGUACCGGGCACAGAACAAGCAGUCGAGCGAGAAGGCGAAUAAGGCUCUGUUGGCAGCUUACAAGGAAAUUGGUGCGCUGUGCGAUGGUUUCAACAUCCAGAAGAACGUCGCGGAUACGGCCAAAUAUCUCUUCAAGAUCGUGGACGAUGCCAAGGCGUUCAAGGGAAAGUCACAGGAAGUCAUCAUCGCCGGCUGCAUCUUUAUUGCUUGCCGCCAGUGCAAAGUCCCUCGGACCUUCACCGAAAUCUUUGCGGUCACCAAAGUCACUCGAAAGGAGAUUGGUCGAAUCUACAAGGCUCUGGAAAAGUUUUUCACGGCUCAGAACCUGGAACGGAUCAAUGCCGUUGUGUCCAGUGGUGGUGUUCCAGACCCCAACGACACCUACACCGCGACAACUUCCACCAAGCCGAGCGACCUCUGCAACCGUUUCUGCAACCUUUUGGAUCUACCGUACCAAGUUACGAGUGUGUCCUCUGCUCUGUCCGAUCGUGUGACGACUAUGGGAGACCUCGCUGGACGCUCGCCCCUGUCGAUCGUCGCGGCUUGCAUCUACAUGGCCUCUUAUCUCAUGGGCCACGGCAAAUCCGCCAAGGAGAUCUCCCAGGUCGCACACGUCAGCGACGGUACCAUUCGCGGCGCGUACAAGCAACUCUACGCUGAACGCGAGCGCCUGAUCGACCCCGAGUGGAUCAAGGACGGAAAGGGCGACAUGAAGAACUUGCCUGCUAGCUGA